UGAUCACAUGACUAUCACGGCUGACGUCGUGAUAACACAAACACCGGAAAAUGGCGCUGCGCUCAUACUGUCGACAGCUCGCUUCACAGAUAGCUCGAACGAAGCAUUGUGUAACUGACUGUACGGCAAAUAUAUCAGCGUCUAGUUUAUCACGUGCAAGAAUCAAACCGUUGCAUCAGACGGUUGGCUCAUUUGUUCAGUCGAGCAGCUGGCGCAGAAGGUCACGGCAUCUCUCUGUUGCCGCACGAACCAGUGACAAGAAAACCGGGUUCAACGAGUGGACUCUUGCAGGAUGGGGUGCCAUGGGAUUUGCUUCAGCUUUUUCCAUUUUUGGAAGCUCUGAUGAGCGGACUGAGGAACAGAAGCUUGAGGAUGAACUAAUUCUGCUCCUAAAGAAAGCCAAGUAUAGUAUGAUGACUGGGGAACUGGACGCAGCAAAUGUUUUCUUACACAAAGCUGUCCGACUGGCACAUCAGACGCACAAUAACGAUGCCAUCAUAUACACAUACAGCCUGAUGGCGAAUCUUGCUUUUAUUCAAGGUCAACUUGAUAAUGCUGAGAAGCUUUUCAAAGCAGCCAUGAGUUUCAUGCUGUCAGGUGGCACACCACAGGAUGACAACGCAGUCAUUGAAAUGUCACUGAAGCUGGCCAGCAUAUAUGCAACUCAAAACAAGAACGAAUUGGCGGAGCAUGGCUUCCAGUUCUGCACAGAGUCUUUAGAGGCCAAGAUUGAGAAACACAAAGACCUUCCACCAGAAAGCCUGUCAGAUGAGGAGCGUAAAGACACCAGGUUGCUUUUAGGUCUCAGCCUAGAUGCGAGAGCGCGUUAUUUGGCGUCUCAUCACCGUUUCACGGUGGCCUGCAGGGAUUACAGACAUGCCCUGCAGAUUUGCCAGGAGGAGCAGGGAGAGUCCCACCCACAGUCUUUGGUCCUGAUGAGUGACCUGGCAACCGUUUUGGACCUGCAGGGAAAGCAUGAUGAGGCGCUGGUUUAUGUUAAGAGGGCGGUUGAUCUUGGACAAGCAGCGGGUCACCCUGACCAACAUGUAUUGUUAGGAAAUAUGGCAGGAAUUCUAAUGCACAAAGGGGAGUUGGAAGAGUCUGGUAAAGUGUACCAGGAGGCUCUGGCCUUGGCGCAUGCAGCUGGAGACACGGAGGCGAUUGAACAGCUUCAGGAGGGUCUGAGGGAGUUGGCCAACAGGAAAGGUGGGCAAAAAGAGAAAGAGACUGAGGAGCCUAAGCAAUGAUCCAAACACUACCUGUCUGGAAGUAUAUUAUAUACUGUAAGGCAACAAUAGGAAAGAUUAGUCAGUCUUGGAAUGCUUGCAAGACUUUAAGCUCCAAGCAUAACCUGUACUAUUCACUGGUUGACGUUUCACGUGUUUUGCAACAGUGCACAAUGUACAAUAUCUGUGCCUUUUUAUAUCUUCUCUCUUUUAUCAGACAUUUUUGCUUUUGAUCUGAUAAACGGUUCCUAUGUAAAACUGAAUCGGGGCAGAUAAUAAGGACAGAAAUUGUGUUUAUCAGGGUAACGCAUGUUGAAUUAAUAUGCAAUAUGAUACGUUUUUUCAUGAAUAUGUAAUAAUCUUAUUUAUAAAGCCAUCUUGUUGUAUAAUGUAGUGGAUGUGUGUUGUAAAUUGAUAAACUUUUUGUGUGUGAA